UAGAAGGGGGCAUGCACGCAUAUAAAGGAGAAGGUAGGUUCUAGGUCAUAUAACCAUAUAGUGGAGGCAGUAGGUUCUAGGUCACAUAUACAUACAGAUGAGACAGGUUCUAGGUAAUAUAUACAAACCUAGAAGACCUGUCGUAUCAAUAUUGUGGAAAGAGGUUAUUCUAGGCUAUGUAUCCAUACAGAGGAGACAGGUUCUAGGUCGUUUAUACAGAGAAGGCCGGUUCUAGGUCAUGUAUUGAUAGUGUGUAGAGAGGUUGUUCUAGGCCAUGUACCCAUACAGAGGAGGAGACGGGUUCUAGUUCAGGCAUGUAUAUAGAUGCGACGUUCUGAUGUAGUGUACGUUCCUGAUAUUCUCCUGUCCUUCCAGGUCACCCCUCAUGGAUCCCACCGGACACGUUUAUCUGUACGAAACAGACUUUGUCCAGAAUGGUCGGGCGGUCACCGUUUUAUGGGCGUCCUGCACCCUGUUCCUGGGGAUCCUGGAGAUCGUGGUGCUCCUGCAGCCCACCUGGGUUCUGAGCGGGGAGGGUCGAGGACAUUUUGGCCUGUACCAGCUUUGUGAGGAGUCAGACUGGGGUACAGAAUGUCGGGGUCCUCAGGGCGUCCUGGAGGCUCUCCCGGCGUUCCAGACGGCAGCUGGCUUCAUGCUGGGGGCUCUGCUGCUGGUGCUCCUCAGCCUGGCCUCCAUCGUGCUGCUGUGGUUCUGUCACUCGGGGACCGUCUACAAACUCUGCGCUUGGCUUCAAAUGACUGCUGCCUUCUGCCAGGGUCUCGCCUGCAUCCUCUUCCCGGACGGCUGGGACUCCCCCGCUGUGCGGCCAUUUUGUAACUACCGCUCAGACAGAUACGAGCUGGGGAGCUGCUCGGUGCACUGGGGCUUUAUCCUCGCCAUAUUGGGAACCUUUGACUGUUUGGCUCUGUCCAUUUUGGGGUUCACCCUUGGAAAACGUCAUGAUGCUUUGAACCCCAGUGAUGUCAAACCCGGCAAAAAAGGGUUAUUUGCAGAUACUCCCUGACUGCUGCCAUCAUGGAUGAUCCCCCUCUUUUUGGAUUUUCCACGUCUGUGGAUUUUUGCACGUUAAUUGUCAUUAGGACAAAAUGUUUUAUUCUGUAAU